CUAUUCUCCAUUUUUGUCUCCUAAACUUACACAGAGAGCAAACAUGGAAAAAACAAUCCUUCUCAUCCUUCUAGCGACGGUCCUUUCCUCCGUCUCCGCCGCCACUCUGCCGGAGAAGAAAACCUACAUCGUACAUAUGGCAAAAUCCCAAAUGCCGGCCAUCUUUGACGACGACCACACCCAGUGGUAUGGUUCCUCACUCAAAUCAGUUUCCAGAUCCGCAGGAAUGCUUUACACCUACAAUAACGUCCUCCAUGGAUUCUCCACCAGAUUAACAGAGGAUGAAGCUCUCCAACUGGAAAACCAGCCGGGAAUCCUUACUGUCUUACCGGAGAUGAAGUAUGAGUUACACACAACUCGUACCCCUGAAUUUCUUGGUCUAGAGAAAAACUCCUAUCUUUUUCCCCAAUCAGAUUCCGCCGGUGAAGUGGUGGUCGGAGUUCUGGAUACCGGUGUUUGGCCUGAAAGCAAGAGCUAUGACGAUACAGGAAUGGGUCCUGUUCCAACUUCAUGGAAGGGUUUAUGUGAAUCAGGUACUAACUUCACCGCUUCCAAAUGUAAUCGGAAAUUAAUCGGUGCUAGAUAUUUCUCCAAAGGAUACGAGGCUACGAUAGGCUCUAUAGAUGAAUCUAAAGAAUCGAAAUCUCCCCGGGACGACGACGGACACGGAACCCACACCUCCACCACGGCUGCCGGGUCCGCCGUGGAAAUGGCUAGUCUAUUCGGUUACGCCGCCGGGACUGCACGUGGCAUGGCGCCUAAAGCACGGGUCGCCACGUAUAAGGUUUGUUGGUUGGGUGGUUGUUUCAGUUCUGAUAUACUAGCGGCGAUGGAUCAAGCUAUUGAAGAUAACGUUGAUGUACUCUCCAUGUCUCUCGGCGGCGGUAUGUCGGAUUAUUACAGAGACAGCGUCGCCAUCGGAGCUUUCGCCGCCAUGGAAAAGGGUAUUCUUAUUUCCUGCUCUGCCGGGAACGCCGGUCCAAGCCCAUACAGUUUAUCGAACGUGGCACCGUGGAUAACAACUGUCGGUGCCGGAACUUUAGAUCGUGACUUCCCAGCUUAUGUUAGCCUCGGCAAUGGUUUGAAUUUCUCCGGCGUAUCUCUUUACAGAGGAGAUUCAAUGCUGAAUAAAUUACUUCCGGUUGUUUACGCUGGAAAUGUGAGUAAUUCCACAAACGGUAAUCUCUGUAUGACAGAUACAUUACAGCCGGAAAAGGUUUCCGGUAAAAUUGUCAUUUGCGACCGCGGCAUAAACCCACGUGUACAGAAAGGUUCGGUUGUAAAGGACGCCGGUGGUGCCGGAAUGAUUCUUUGCAACACGGCAGCAAACGGGGAGGAGUUAGUCGCCGACGCCCAUCUGUUACCAGCCACGGCAGUCGGUCAGAAAUCCGGCGACGCAAUCAAGGACUACAUCAAUUCAGAAAGCAAACCCACGGCGACAAUCCUAUUCGUGGGCACUAAGGUGGGGAUCCAGCCGUCGCCGGUUGUAGCGGCGUUUAGUUCAAGAGGCCCGAAUUCGAUCACGGCCGAGGUAUUGAAACCUGAUUUGAUUGCUCCAGGCGUGAAUAUAUUAGCUGGAUGGGCUGGAAAUGUCGGACCAACUGGUCUAGCAGUUGACACUAGACGGGUUGGAUUCAAUAUAAUUUCAGGUACUUCAAUGUCAUGCCCACAUGUAAGUGGACUCGCCGCUUUGCUUAAAUUGGCACAUCCAGAUUGGAGCCCCGCCGCCAUACGUUCCGCCCUGAUGACCACCGCCUAUACCGUUUACAAAAACGGAAAACCCAUUCAAGAUAUCGCAACCGGGAAACCAUCCACACCUUUCGAUCAUGGAUCUGGCCAUGUAGACCCUGUAGCAGCUCUUAAUCCAGGGCUUGUAUACGAUCUUGACAUCAACGAUUAUCUUGGUUUCCUCUGCGCUUUAAACUACACCGAAUCGCAAAUCAGCACUCUGGCCCGGAAGAACUUCACUUGUGAAGCAAACAAGAAGUAUCGUCUCGCCGAUUUCAACUACCCAUCUUUCUCAGUUUCUCUUCAAACAACCAAAUUCGGGAGCGGCGGCGGAUCUGUCUCUUCCGGCAUAACAACCGUGAAGCACACAAGAACUCUUACAAACGUUGGACCUCCGGCGACGUACACAGUUUCGACGAAGUUGGACAGCGACGAUGUCAAGGUAACCGUUGAACCGAAGUCGUUGAGCUUUAGUAAGGUGAAUGAGAAGAAAUCGUAUACAGUAACAUUCACGGCGAACAAUUCGGCUCCGUCGAAUAGUGUGGCGUUUGGGAGAAUUGUGUGGUCGGACGGGAAGAUUGUGGUCGGUAGUCCAAUUGCAGUUAGUUGGACAUAGAAGAAACUGUUAGAACAAGUAAAAGAAAAAAAGUAAUAAUGUUAAAAAUAUGAAGUUUGAUUCUGAAUGUUGUUUAAUUUUAAUUUAAUUAUAGUAAUUGUCCAUUAAUUUA